GCAUUACAGUCCAUUAUUUUCGAUAUACAUCAUCAAAACCUUAUUUUCUCACAUUUAUUAGCUGCAUAAAUAUUCUUUUGGUGCAAACAAUUAUUAAAUAUUAUUCGAUAAUUCCGUGUAUUCAGGUUUAGUUUAGUAGAAAAACAUUUUAUCGUUUGCAUUUAAUUUGUUUGAUCGGCGACAAAUCUUAUUAGAAUAAAAAUUCGGUAAGAACCAAACUCGAUAAGAAAACCAAAGGCAACAAAUUACAAUGGACGAUCAACUCACAACCGCCGAACCUUCACAACAAUUUGAAAACAUCGAUUUCAACUCAUCGCCAGAUGAUAAUAAUAAAGAAUCCAGUAAUAAUGACGAUCAUGAACAGAAUGAAGCCAGCAACAAUACAAUGGAAGACAUCUCAACGGAUGAACAUUCGGAUUUCUUUAUCGAAAUCACCGUAUCCGAACCGCAAAAAGUCGGCGAAGGCAUGGGUUCUUAUUUAGCGUACAAAGUAACGACACACACGAGCAUUCCAAAAUUCAAGGCCAAACAAUUCAGUACGAUGAGACGGUUCAGUGAUUUCUUAGGAUUGCACGAUCUCCUUGUCAGCAAAUACCUUCGUUUGGGACGAAUCAUUCCUCCGGCGCCGGAAAAGAAUCUCUUCGGAUCAACAAAGGUCAAAAUGAGUGCACAAACACCAACUGAACCUGGAAACGGCGGCAGUCUGGAGUGGAUUGAAAAUCGUCGUGCUGCUCUUGAACGAUUCUUAUGUCGUACAGCUCAACAUCCGGCACUAUGUCUUGAUCCAGAUUUCAUUAACUUUUUACAAAGCAACGAAGAACUUCCGCGUGCUGUUAACACAGCCGCACUCAGUGGUGCCGGUGUGAUGCGAUUGUUUAAUCGUUUCGGUGAAACUGUCAAUAAAAUUACCUACAAAAUGGAUGAAAAUGAUCCGUGGUUCCAAGAGAAAAUCUGCGAAAUAGAAAAUUUGGAUAAUAAUUUGCAAAAAUUGCAUUCGGCACUAAAGUCAUUGGUGCAUCAUCGAAAAGAGUUAUCAGGAUUAACUGGCGCCGUCGCUAAAUCGGCUGCCAUUUUAAGUACAUGCGAAGAGCAUACAGGUCUAUCGCGAGCAUUGUCACAACUAGCUGAUACAGAAGAAAAAGUUGAACUACUUCGGUCCGAACAAGCCAAUUCCGAUUUGUAUAUUUUAACCGAAAUAAUCAAGGAUUAUUUGGGUUUGAUUGGAGCAAUUAAAGAUGCUUUCCACGAACGUGUCAAGGUAUUCCAAAACUGGGAACAUUCACAAAUGCAACUGACCAAGCGACGUGAAAACAAGGCAAAAUUGGAACUUGCAAACAGAACUGAUAAAACUGAAGCUGCUCAAAAGGAAAUUACGGAAUGGGAAGCAAAGGUGCAACGUUGCCAACAAGAAUUUGAAGAAAUUUCAAAGGAGAUUAAGAAGGAAAUGGAACGCUUUGAUAUUAAACGCGUUUCCGAAUUUAAAUCGAUAAUCGUCAAGUAUUUGGAAGAUCAAAUGGCUCAUCAACAACAGCUUGCCAAAUAUUGGGACGCAUUCAUUCCAAUCGCUAAGGAAAUCGUUUAAACCGUACUUCACACCAGAUUUUCAGCAUUUUUUCCCUUCUUUAUAUAUUUUCAUAUGUUACACAAAAUCGAAUACAAUUCGUUUCAUUUAAUUGUAUCAUAAAUUCAUUGAGAAAAAGAAACUAAAGCAAACUUGGAAAUGAAAAAUAUAUAUAAAUUAUGAGACAGUCUUUUGUAAUAAGUAUGAAGAUAUCUAUAUAAGUUUGCCCAAAAUUUGCGACAAAAUAAAAUUAAAUGUAUUCACUACAAUGAAAAAUUCUUUAUACUAUUACAUUUGUUUAUACAAUAAAUGUUUUCCAGAAUCACAAUCGAAA